GUUCGGCUGUUUCUUCACUGUCCAUAUAUCUCUCUUGAACGCCCUUCGAAGAUGCCUAAGGAAAUCCGUGAGAUCAAGGACUUCCUUCUCACCGCCAGAAGGAAGGAUGCACGCGCUCUCAAGAUUAAGAGGAGCAAGGAUGUGGUGAAGUUCAAGGUCCGCUGCUCGAAGUACCUCUACACACUCUGUGUGUUUGAUUCUGAGAAGGCUGACAAAUUGAAGCAGUCUCUUCCUCCAGGUCUUAUCGUGGAAGAGCUGUGAAAGUCUCCCCCAUUUUAAAGCUCUUCAAGGGGUUGUCAAGUGAUAAAAGCUUCACCAAUCUUGUGUCAUUUUGGAACAAUUCAAAUGCCUUGUAACAUAUUUGUGUUUCAAUGGUGGUAGGAUUAUAUUGUUUUUCUGAUAUUGGGUGCUUCGGAAAACACGUGACUUAACAAUUGCUUAAGAAGUAUACACUUCAAUAGUUAAAAUAUCUUUCAUGUAUCUCCAGGUUGUGUUCUGUUAUGCCAUUAGUUCUGUUGUGAUUAUUAACUCGGUUUAAAAAAUAAAAAAUAGAAGGCUAU